AUGGCGUCAAAUCUAUCUAAUAUUGUGUUUCCCGGUCAGUUUAACCCAAAGACUGAUAAGUGGUGUGAAUACAAGGAGCGGCUACUGUGUGCGCUCGACGCCGCGGGGGUGUCCGCGGAGCCGGCGGAUGAACAAAGAGCGCGAUCAUUGUUCCUAUCUCAGUGCGGCAAAGAUACUUAUUCACUUAUAGUGUCACUCCUAGUGCCGAAAAGACCGACCAGUGUUGGGUUUUAUGACAUUCUCUUGGUGUUAGAUAAAUUUUAUGAACCUGAGGUGAAUGAAAUACUUGAAGCCGGGAAAUUUCACAAACGCCUACAAAUACAAGGGGAGAGCGUGCAGGACUUUGUAUCGGCCAUAAGCCUCAUGGCAGCUAAGUGCAACUUUGUAGAUUUGAAACGACAGUUACGGGAUCGACUAGUGUUGGGCGUGCGGGACGAUCGCCUGCGUCGCGACCUGUUGAAGACUACGGACCUCACGUACGAGAGGGCUGUGCAGCUCUGUCUCAACUACCAGGCGGCGUUCCAUGACCUGUACCCCGACACUAGCGAGAUGAAGCAAACUCCGUCCAGUAAAUUUGGGCACAUUGCCUCCGCCUGCAUGAAGAAAUCGGGAAAGGUGCAUCAAGUGGGAGGUGACGACCAGCCGUCGACGCCUUCAGAAGAUAUGAUGGGUGUCUACGUCUGCUCGGAUAAUACUUAUCGGGCACCAAUAACAGCAGAGCUGUCCAUCGACGGCGCCAAGCUGAGCAUGGAGGUGGACACGGGCGCCUCGAGGAGCAUCAUCUCUGAAGAAACCUACCGCAAGCUGUGGCAGGUGGCGCCACCUCUGCAGUCUACCAAUGUAAAACUAGUGACAUGGACUCGUGAGCCUUUGAAAGUGUUGGGUGUGACGCACGUGCGCGUGGUGCUAGGCAACAAGGAGGCCCAGUGUGAACUGUUAGUAGUGUCGGGUAAAGGGCCGAGCUUGUUAGGUAGGAACUGGUUUCAAGCUUUGUGUUUGGAUGUUGCGGGACUGUGUUGGACUGAUGAUAAAAUUUCAAGACUGAUGAGUGAGUUCCCGGAUUUAUUUAAUGAGACACUUGGUGAAUAUAAAGGUCCUGAAAUCUCAUUACACGUUCGUCCUGAUGCAAAACCAAGGUUCUUGAAAGCAAGGCCGGUUCCAUUUCCCUUGAAGAAACAAGUCGAAGAGGAGUUGAAUCGGAUGGUGGAGAGCGGUGUCCUGACCCCGGUGCGAUACUCCAAGUGGGCGACCCCACUGCGGCUCGUCAAGAAAGAUGACGGCGCGUUACGUAUCUGCGGCGAUUAUCGGUCAACCGUCAAUUCUGCCAUUGAUGUCGAUACGUACCCACUCACAGCCGCCGUCGAAGCCUUCGUGAACCUCAGUGGAGGAAGAGUCUUCAGCAAGCUCGACUUAAAGCAUGCGUACCUACAGAUGAAGGUGGAUGAGGACACAGCAAUGCUCUUAACACUGAAUACGCCUCUCGGGCUGAUGCGGAUGAACCGCCUGGCCUUCGGUGUGAAUGCGGCUCCCGGGAUCUUCCAGCGCGUGAUGUCGUCGGCGCUGGCGGGCAUGGCGGGCGUGGCGUGCCUGCUGGACGACGUGGCGCUGACGGGCCGCACCGCGCAGGAGCACGACCAGAGACUACGAGCAGUCCUACAGAAACUGACAGACAUGGGUUUUCGACUGAAUCUGAAGAAGUGUGUAUUUGCUUCUAACAGCAUAAACUUCUUGGGUCAUACGAUAGAUGCUGAAGGUCUGCACCCGUCACCUGAAAAAGUGCGUGAAAUUAAAGAUAAACCGGCACCUACAAACAAAGGCACGUUGCGUGCUUUUCUGGGGCUGUAUAACUUCUAUGAGAAAUUCCUGCCUGAUAAAGCAACAUUACUAGAGCCACUGUAUCGCCUCCUCGAAUCAAAGAGACCUUGGGUCUGGGGCGAUGUGGAACAGAAAGCUUUUGAGGAUGCGAAAAGCUUACUGUCAUCUGAUAUGACUCUAGUCGGUUAUGACCUGAAUAAAGAGCUACUGCUCAUUUGUGAUUCAUCUGAAUAUGGCCUUGGGGCCGUGAUAGCUCACAUUAUGGAAGAUGGGUCUGAGAGACCAGUAAUGAUGGCGUCCCGAACCUUGCAACCGCAUGAACGCAGAUAUGGGCAAAUCGAUAAGGAAGCGUUAGCCAUCAUGUAUGGAGUCAUUAUACCUCAGUCACUUCAAAAAGAAGUGCUAAAAUUAUUGCAUGAGCCGCACGCCGGCAUAGUCCAAACAAAAGCAUGUGCUAGAGGAUACGUAUGGUGGGCCGGUAUGGACCAACAGAUUGAGAGAGUGGUGGCUGAAUGUGAAGCCUGCCAAGCCGUGAGAAACAACCCUCCGAGAGAUCCCCAAACCUGGAUUGUUCCUGAAAAGCCAUGGAGCCGAGUCCAUGUUGACUUUGCCGGUCCGUUCCAAGGAAAAACAUUCAUUGUUCUGAUAGACAGCUACAGCAAAUGGUUCGAGGCUGAAAUAAUCCAAUCUAUGAGCAGUGGAACGGUUAUAAAUGUUAUGCGAAAGAUAUUUGCCUCACAAGGACUGCCGGAUGUCCUGGUAUCCGAUAACGGUAGGGCUUUCAGUUCCGUUGAGUUCAACAUGUUCUUAAAGAAAAAUGGGAUCAGACACUUGUAUUCCCCGCCUUAUCACCUGGCGACCAAUGGGCAGAUUGAGAGGGCUAUUCAGACAUUUAAGAAUAAGCUCAAGAAAAUGAGCGAAUCUGAUAUACCAUGGAGCGAGAAGAUGCCUAAAGCGCUUUAUGCGUUGAGGACGGUGCCGAACAGCUGCACCAACAAGAGUCCGGCGGAGAUGCUGAACGGACGCAAGUACAGGACGGCGGUGUCGGCGCUACACCCCGCCGCCGCGCCCAGCGCCGCCGCGCGCCAGGCGGAGGCCGCGGCGCACAGCGCGCCCGCGCAGCCGGUGCUCGUGCGCAUGUACCAGGCACCAGACAAGUGGCAGAGAGCCACGGUCGAGCAGGUGGAGGGACCAAGCUCCUACAUGGUGAGGACGGAAGAUGGGGAGUUGCACCGGCGACACGCUGACCAGAUGUUAGCUCGAGCUGUGCCUACUCCAAGAGUGGAGACUCCACUAGCACAGAUGCACAGACCAGCUGUCUCCAUGCCAUCUUCACCUUCAACCUCUGAUGAACCUAUAGUGAUACCUCCACCGGAUAUGUGGCCUGAUAUUAUUGGCAUACCUAAUUCUUGUUGA